CCAAUCAUCAUGGUUCAUGUGUCAGUGUCGCUGUCAACUGAAACCUUGCAGUGCGGAGGAAAAAUAAAGGGAUUUGCAGGCUCUGGGUGGGCACGAUCGAGUUCGUAGCGUCAUCAACGCAUAGACAUACAUGAUACAACCGUGCAGUUGCGACAGUCAAUCAGGAGCAGCUGUGACGCACGACCUGCUGCUCCUUCUCGUCUACCCUUUGGUAACAUUAGCCUCACUUGGUACCUUGAUUGGCAGGUUUGAUCUCCGUUUCCCUUUUCCUGACCCAUCUUUUCAGCCCAACCAGCUUCGUUUGGCUUUGGAACUACGGGUCCAAAAAGGCAGCCUAGUGGCAGUGUCUACCUAAUUAAGCGUGGUUUCAGUGUCUCGGAAAGAGGCAGCUUA